GCAAAAAGAAAAUAUCAAUCAUUAACCAAAAGUAACAUCUUAAGCAGAAGGAAACGGAGGAUUUGAGGCAAAAUCCGACACGUGUCCUGCUGACAUGCUAAAAAAAGACGGCCCCAAAAAUCGAAAAGAAGAGCCAAAAGCUGCCAUCUGAAAAACCUCUCUUCUUGUCAUUUCCAAAGAGAGAGAGAGAGAGAGAGAGAGAGAGAAAGGGAGGGAGUGAAUAGUGAAAGAGUCCAAGAGCAAGCACUUGUCGAAAACGACGCGCUUGACUGAGUUUCAGGAGAAACCCGGUCGAAGGAAACCCUAAUUUUUGUUUAAUGAGGUCAUAUUUGGAUGAUUCAAAGUUUUUCCCUGUAACCCUUCUCUUGCUCUUAAAAUGAAUACAAGAAGCGGCCAGGUAUCUAGGGGUGAGAAGUCAAAAAAUUUUAAGGGUGAGGGUCCAAAUUGGGUUCUUAUUGCUGGUGGUGCCUUGCUAAGUACCUUAUCAAUCCGCCUUGGUUACAAGCUGAAACAGUCACUUGACACAAAGCAACAGGACAAUGCUACUACUACCUUGAAAGGGAAUGGAAGUUCUGACAGGAGGAGAUCAUCAGGUUGCCAUUUACACUCAAACAUGUAUUCAUUCCAAGAAGAUGAUGGUUGUUUCAACUGCAUUUCAGGUCUGAUGCAGCAAUCUUAUAAUUUGAGCUGCCCAAAGGGAGCUGAAAGCAUAGGGGAGAAGCACCCACACAAUGGCCAGAUGCAGCUCGAAUCUGAAGUUGCUCUCCCUCUGGUGACAGUUCCCACCUCUGAGUUCAACAAGGAUAAUGGUGUUAUGUGGGCAUCAUCUCCCGAUCGCCAUGAGUUGCCUCCAAAGCCAUUCCAUCAUUCUAACUGCUCUGACUCACCAUGUGUCUCAGAAUCGGGCUCUGACAUAUUUAGCAAGCGGGAAGUGAUACAGAAACUAAGGCAACAGUUGAAGAGAAGAGAUGAUAUGAUUCUGGAGAUGCAGGAUCAGAUUAUGGAGCUGCAGAAUUCACUGAAUGCUCAGGUGGCACACUCAGGCCAUUUGCAAUCACUGGUGGAUGCUGCAAAUAGAGACUUGUUUGACUCCGAGAGAGAAAUCCAAAGGCUGAGGAAGGCAAUUGCAGAUCACUGUGCAGGACAUGUUGGCACGAAUGGGAAGACUUCAGCUGUCACAUCUUGGCCAUCUGACAUAAGAAAUGGCCAUGCCAAUGGGUAUCUUGAUGGGGAAAGCAACUUGGGCUCCCCUGAGAAGGGAAGGGGAGAUGGGGAGAGAAUUGAGAUGCUGAAAAGAGAAGUAGGAGAGUUAAAAGAGGUGAUAGAAGGAAAAGAGUACUUGUUACAGAGCUACAAGGAACAAAAGAUGGAGCUUUCCAUGAAGAUCAAGGAGUUGCAGCAGAGACUGGAUUCGCAGCUCCCCAAUAUUUUGUAGGUUCUGUUUAGGAUUUUGUGCAUUCUUGCUUGUUUUCCCCUGUUUCUUUUCUUUUAUUUGAGGUUUUAAAAAAAUGCCGCUUUUUUCUCCUUUCUUUGGCACUAUCAUUGGCUUUGAGUUUUUUUUUGCCACAAUAAUUGGAAGUUUAGUGUUAGGUGGUAUGUUCUUUGCUUGCACAUCAGCAUGGAUGAGAAUGAGGGUUUGUGUCUGAGAGAAAGAGGAGGGAAAAGCAAAGCAGUAGGCACCCAUUCUAUUGGGUUAUAAUUGACUUUUUCUCUUGCUUAGCGAGUGCCUUUUUUCAUAUAGGAAUUAUAAAUUUAGCAAAUGCAAACAAGAGCUUUAUCUACCGUCUGUGCCCAUGAAACAUGGUAGUGAGACAUAUUGUAUUUUUCUUGAAAAAGGAAAAAUAAAUUAAUAAUGUAGCAAAAAAUACAGGCAAAUUCAACUUAGCAAAGGCAGCUAAAAUUUGAGACAAUAAAAAGGAAAAUGAAGAAUUUCAGCACAUAUGCUCCGAGAGAAAGAAAAAGCUAACGGAAGCAGGAUGGAAAUAAUCAAGAAUUUUGGAAUUUAAACGUUUUUGUAUCAUCAUAUAUGAUGAAUUGAAUACCCUAAAGAAAAGAGAAAAAAGAGCAACAAAAAACAAAAAAAAAAAA